AGCGGGGCGCCCACGUGCCCUCCCGCUUUCCGCGGCGCGGCGCCGGCGCUCCUCUCCGCGCGGACGCCGAGGCUCCGGGACCGUCUCCGCCUCUAGACCCCGGACCGCCGCGCUCGGCCGUCCCCGCGGCCCCGGCGCCAUCGCAGCGCGGCCCCGUUACCUCCUUCAGAAUGAUUCCCUGCAGAGCAGUGCUCACUUUUGCCCGAUGUCUGAUCCGGAGAAAAAUUGUCACCAUGGACAGUCUAGAGGACUCCAAGCUGUGCCGCUGCCUGACCACCAUGGACCUCAUUGCGCUGGGCGUUGGAAGCACUCUGGGUGCUGGGGUUUAUGUCCUUGCCGGGGAAGUUGCCAAAGCGGAUUCUGGCCCCAGCAUCGUCGUGUCCUUCCUAAUCGCUGCCUUGGCGUCCGUGAUGGCAGGCCUUUGCUAUGCUGAGUUUGGAGCCCGAGUCCCCAAGACUGGGUCUGCCUAUUUGUACACCUAUGUUACUGUUGGUGAGCUGUGGGCCUUCAUCACUGGCUGGAACCUCAUUUUAUCUUAUGUCAUAGGUACAUCAAGUGUGGCAAGAGCAUGGAGUGGUACCUUCGAUGAAUUACUUAACAAACAGAUUGGUCAGUUUUUCAAGACAUAUUUCAAAAUGAAUUAUACUGGCCUUGCAGAGUAUCCAGACUUUUUUGCUGUGUGCCUUAUAUUACUUCUGGCAGGUCUCCUGUCUUUUGGAGUAAAGGAGUCUGCUUGGGUAAAUAAAUUCUUCACAGCUGUUAACAUCUUAGUCCUACUCUUUGUCAUGGUUGCUGGAUUUGUGAAAGGAAAUGUGGCUAACUGGAAAAUCAGCGAAGAGUUUCUCAAAAAUGCAUCAGCCCAUGCCAGAGAAUCACCUUUUGAAAAUGCAACGAGUAUCUAUGGGGCUGGUGGCUUUAUGCCUUAUGGCUUUGCAGGAACCUUGGCUGGUGCUGCUACUUGUUUCUAUGCCUUUGUGGGAUUUGACUGCAUUGCAACAACUGGUGAAGAAGUCCGGAAUCCCCAGAAAGCUAUUCCUAUUGGAAUAGUGACUUCUUUGCUUGUUUGUUUUAUGGCCUAUUUUGGGGUUUCUGCAGCUUUGACGCUUAUGAUGCCGUACUACCUCCUUGAUGAAAAAAGUCCCCUUCCGGUAGCGUUUGAGUAUGUUGGAUGGGGUCCUGCCAAAUACGUGGUUGCAGCCGGAUCCCUCUGUGCACUCUCCACAAGUCUUCUUGGAUCCAUUUUCCCAAUGCCUCGUGUAAUCUAUGCUAUGGCGGAGGAUGGGUUGCUUUUCAAAUGCCUAGCUCAAAUCAAUUCCAAAACGAAGACACCAAUAAUUGCUACUUUAUCAUCGGGUGCAGUGGCAGCUGUGAUGGCAUUUCUCUUUGACCUGAAAGCCCUGGUAGACAUGAUGUCCAUUGGCACACUGAUGGCCUAUUCUCUGGUGGCAGCCUGUGUGCUCAUCCUCAGGUACCAGCCUGGUCUAUGUUAUGAGCAGCCCAAAUAUUCCCCUGAAAAAGAAGGUCUGGAAUCAUGUACCAGUGUGACCUCAAAAAGCGAGUCCCAGAUCACCAUGCUGCAAGGACAUGGCUUCAGCCUGCGAACCCUCUUCAGCCCCUCUGCUCUGCCUACAAGACAAUCAGCAUCUCUUGUGAGCUUUCUGGUGGGAUUCCUGGCGUUUCUUGUGCUGGGCCUGAGUAUUCUGACCACUUACGGAGUGCAAGCGAUCUCGAGGCUGGAAGGCUGGAGCGUCGCCCUUCUUGUGCUGUUCCUUGUUUUCUCCAUUGCUGUUGUUCUCACCAUUUGGAGGCAGCCACAGAAUCAGCAGAAAGUAGCCUUUAUGGUGCCAUUCUUACCAUUUUUGCCAGCAUUCAGCAUCCUGGUGAACAUUUAUCUCAUGGUCCAGUUGAAUGCAGACACCUGGGUCAGAUUCAGCAUUUGGAUGGCAUUUGGGUUCCUGAUUUACUUUGCCUAUGGCAUUAGACACAGCCUGGAGGGUAACCCAAGGGAUGAAGAAGAAGAUGAAGAUGCUUAUUCAGACAACAUCGAUGCAGCAACAGAAGCAAAAUCGGCUAUUCAAUCAAAUGACCAUCACCAAAGAAAUCUUAGUUUACCUUUCAUAUUCCAUGAAAAGACUAGUGAAUGCUAAUGCUUGUAGGUGCAGACCUGGUCCACAAUCUUAACAUGCAUGUCCUACAUGGAGUAGACCGUGACAAGAUGUCAUCAUUGUGCUAGGUUGUCAUGGAUUUGCUGCAUCCAUAAUUCACCCUAAUUUAUACUUACUCAUCUAACCAGCAUCUCCUCAAACAGUGAAUAUGAGUUUUCUCCUCAAUGAUGAAUUUCCCCAAAGUGGGGUGUGUGUGUGUGUGUGUGUGUGUGUGUGUGUGUCUGGGAACAUGCAUGUUACAAGUUAGUUGGUGUUUUGCUGUUAUCAUGUGACAUUAUUCCAGUCUUGUCAUAAUUGGUGAUAUGUCACUGAAAAGUGGUUUGUGUAUGCCCUGUGCGGUUGGGAAAAUAGUAAUUGCUUUUCUUUAUUAUUGUAGGCUUCAUGAGUGUCAGUUUAGACAUGACUGAAAGUACAGUUACCCAUCAUGAUGUCUAAUCUUGGACAGAGAUCAGAGGAAGAGAUUAGAAAUGAGCCUUUUCUGUAAGUUAUAAAUGCCAGCGGUGAGUUCACACAAAUAUGCUUUCCAAGGUGGUAUGACAGUUUGCUAAAACUUUGGCCAAUCAGAGUGUUUGCUCCUGUUGUAUUAUAGAACAGAGUGGCAUUCCAUGUCACCAUCAGCAUGCUUUUGAACUCCUAUCUUUGUGAGCCUGUGGUCCUUACAUAUAAGGCCUUCCCUUUCUGUGAAUGAUGUACCCCUCCACCCUAGGGGCUGCGAGAUGUACUGUGAUUUAAGUGGUCUAGAGUGACACACAGACUAGGGAUUUAGUUCAGCACGUAAGUGCCUGCCUUGCAAGUGCACAGUCAAGAGUUCGAUCCCCGGUACCAAAACAAAACAAAAAAACUAGUGACACAAACACUAGUAUCAGUGGCCACGAUGAGGAUGUGUUUGAAAUCAAAGAGUUGAGCAUAUGCUUGGACAAGUAGACAUCAGGUAUCCCUCUAUUCAAAAGUUAUUUAAACUAGUGACACUCUCACAAUGGUAGAAUGAUCCAUACUUUUCUUCUACCACUUAACACCUAAUCACAGUUCAGCUUUUUUAACCUCAAUCAGGCACAGAAUUCUCACUCCUUUGUUUCUAUUACUUAGACGUGUGGGUCUGCAGAAGUGACUUCUAUUUUUAUAAUGUGCAAAAGAGGAAAAGAUGGAGGGAUGUUAGAGAAAGUGACCAUAUUCUGAUGUUAAAGUGUCUACCCUGGCAUUCAAGAGCUCUUUGACCAAUCUAAAUGAUUCAGAUCUAAUUUGCCCCUGAUGUUCUCUUGGAAACAGGCAUGUUUUUCUCCCCCAUCCAUAAAUCUUUAGCGCUUUUUAUUUGAUUUGCUUUUAAAUGAGCACACUAAGGCAAUUAAUACAAGCUUCAGUAUUCUACAAUAACCUAUGAAUGAGUAGGGAAAUAUUUUGGCUUAUGAACAUAAUUACUUAAAACAGCAAGCUAAAAAGUUAACCAAAUUAAGUUAAAACCAUAUUAAAUACAGUGACCUUUGUAUAUGAGUAAAUAAAUUUUGGUAUGUAAGAUUCUCUAAUUGCUAUAUUUUACUUUUUUAGUGGAUUAUUUAUCUUCAUUGUAUUUUAAUGAAAUUUUUGUAGAAAUAGUUUAUUAGAUAAAGGUAGAGGCUAGAGACUUACAUGUAGGUGACAUUCCCAGGAUAUUACAAGCAUGCUAAUUUUAUUUGUGUAAUCCAAAGGUAACAGAAACAUCUGUUUUCUGACAGAUUUUCUAUGAGAUCAGUUACUUCACUGACCUUAAAAAGCCAGUCCGAGUUACUUUGUAUCACCUGGCGUGUACUGGGGUGAGAUAUGGGGUAAGUCGGUGGAAAGCCUGGGCUUCUGGCUGCUAGUGCUGUAGCAUCCCUGACACAGCUCAUCACUGACAUUCCACAGCUUCCAGGAUGCACACGGUAAAAUCUGAAGCCCAGAAUUCUCUUUCACAUUUAAUGUGUUACUGAACAGGAGUCAAUAAGCAAAAGGUAAAAUAUUUAGGUAGGGGCUGUAGGCAUGAUCACAAAUGUUUAGCAAUAUACUGAGGACUUUUAAAAUUCUAUAAUCAUCUAGAAUUGGACCAUCAUUCAGGAAAUAUGAUUAAUUUCAUAUAUGAAUACUUAAAUCUCUCAAAAAACUGUAAGAUUUUAGCAUGUGAUAGGCAGCCGAAACUAUUAUAGUGUGUUAAGAGCAGAAUUAAGUUAAAAAUUUUUCCAUAUUCAAACACUUUACAGAUACACAUAUUUAUGAAGACAUGCUUUGUUGGUGAUAUUGUUUUUUCUUUCCUGUGAAGACUCAAGUGUGCAUGUUUGUGUGUAUGUACACGUUUACAUAUGUAGUAUGUGUGUGUAAGUGAACAUGUUUCAAGUAUCAAUGUAAGUUGGGUCUUGAUGGAUUUUGGACAUGACAUUGUUACGUGGACAAAAACUCAACUUAUAUGGAGAAAAAGUAAUAUUUUAUAUUAUAUAUUUUAGGUUUUAAACUAUUUUAAAAUACACAAUUUUAUAUGUAUGUUUUCUAUAGGUAGCUUCUUUAAGAAAUAUUUAUCAUGUUUCUAAUAUAAACUUACCUAAUACAUAACAGGUGCUCUGUAAUCUGAAUGGAGUAGGAUAGGAGACUUUGGGGUGUUCCCGUUUGUUUGUUUCUGUGGCCUCCUUUCUUAUAUAUCUGCCCUCGUAUUCAUUAGUGAAAACCAGCUUUUUUUUUUUGCCAUUUCUCUAGUCCUGCCUUCAGCUUUAUAACUCUUUGAAAAAAUGUUUUUACUUUCUUAGGAUUACCAAUGUUCUGUAUAUAGAUUUGAGUAGUACUCAAAAUUGCAUAAAGUCUUCUGCAAAAAAUUUUAAACAUUCAUGUUACACCUCCUUUUAAUUGUAACUGAAUAGAAGUAGCUUGCACUAUCUUUUGUUAUGCUAGGAACUGUGCUCUCACAUUUUUAGUGAGACUUUCUUGUAAUAGCACUUUGGUACUCUUAAAAAAGAACCAUUUGUGAAUUACCAUAUAAAGACAGUGCUAACCCCAAGGUUAUAAGAUAUCUAUGAAAACUCAAAUUUAAAAACUUUUAAUGAGAAAAAUUUAUAAGAACUUUUGACAUAUACUAAAAUGCAUAUUAUUACAUAAUCAUGUUUUCUCUGGAGAUGAAUGCCAGGAAAACUAAGACCAAUGUAUCAUUUGACUAUCUCAAUGUUGAUAUAUAAAGCUUUACUAUUAGUAACCAUAGUUGACAACAAAAAUUACUUUCUUAAUUAUCUUUUGAAGGAUGAGAGACUGUGUUCUUUUAAUUUGUAUGAAUAAAAUAUUUUUUAAACUAGAUCUUAUUUUAAAUGUUAGCAAAAUAUUUUCUAGGUAUUUGCAAAAUACUUGUUCUAAGUAUUUGCAAGUAGUUCUUCAAAAAAUGUUUUUUCAUAGAACAGUUUGACUUAGAGCCUGUUUUUACAAAAUAUUUUCUUAAUUUGAGCAAUUAACAGGGAGAAAAAGGAAAAGAAAUUAUCCUGCAAUGCUAAUAAUGAUGGGGGAAUAUCUGAGCCUUAUCUUCCCUUAAAUUUAGGUAUAUCGUAAGAUUACAGAAUACAUGAUGAGGCUGUCCCAAGAUUCUCACUGGCUCAGCCUUCUUUGCAAUGUUUGUUAUUCAUAAUUUCUCAUUAUAGGCAUCAAGUGAUAUUUAGCACCAAAAGUAUAAUCUCCAGAGGCCUGCAAAAGACUGGAUUUAGAAUGUGCAUCAUGCAUUAUUAGAAUAGUCGUGAAGUUAUGUGCUUAGUGUGGUUUUUGGUGGGGCAGGUGAAAUUAUUCUUUUCACUAAUGCCAAAACAGUGCCUUCUUUGUACUUUAUAAUGUUAAUACUUACAUAUCAGGGGGAAAGUACUGAAGUUUAUGUAGUAAAUAAUGCCAGCAAAGUCAGUUGUUUAGUCGUAUAGAUGUGAAAAUAAAGUUGUUUGAGUUUGUUAUUUAGCUGAGGAGUUUUUUGCAUUUGUAAUUAUAUUUGCACACUAGCUUUUUGGAUUCUAAGAGGUUUGAUCUGUUAUUGUUUUAGUUGGUUCAGAUGUUUCUGUAGUACUCAUCAUUGUUCAUGUGUAUGCAGUUUAGUCUUAUUAAAAUGUAUGCCUCAACCCACUUGAUAACACUACUUAUUGGGAGCAUUCUGUUUGGGGAUUAUUCACCAUGGCUGAAACCAGUCUCUGGGCCUUAAACACCCUUCUGUGAUCCAGCCACACCAAGGAGAUCAAAAUCAAGACCCAAGACUGGUUCCAGGGUCAGGCAGCCUGCAGUAUAUAAGCAUUUAAGCUACCGACUGAUAUAGUAGAGUCUUAGAAUGACAGGGUAAAAUACGAUGUAAGAGAUUUCAAAUGAAAAUAAGGUCAUCUGAGGCCCGCCCUUCCAGCUCCCAAUAUCUCAUGAAUACGGCAAGAUGAACAAGGACCAAGGAACAUCUGUGACUCAUAGAAGAGAUGGCUGCUGCUUGGAACUGGCACAGCAGACCCUGGCCCACUGCCCUUCCUGAAGACACAGCCAGCCUUGUGGUGCCAAGGAUGCGGCCAAGACCCAGUUGGUAAAGAACUUUUUCUGCUGUCAGCUUGGUUGGUUUCUGGCCCAUGCUUGGCUGAUACCCGCUCAUUUCUCAGUCCACUAGUGCUGCCAGUUCUUUACCUGCUUUAUUUUGUUGUCACUGUACUCAAUAGAAAUCGUUCACAGGGCCUAAACCAUGCAGAAAUUGUGUUUCUAAAAACCAGCAAAUAUAUUGGACUUGUGUGAAUGUAAAGAUUUUUUGAUAGUGAUUUUAAAUUUAAUGUUUCCAAUGAUGAUUGGUGUUCCUUUUUACUUAUGAAGGUGGAUUUUUUUAGAAUUUGUAAUAAAAAACUACUGCUUUUAACCUCUGUAAAAUAUGCAUUCUGAUGUGGCCAUGUAUUUUAAAAUAAACUUUAAUAUGACUUAUAAUAAAGUGGUAUGAAUAUGUGUCACAAAAACAGAAGCAUGUAUUUUGCACUGAUCUAAUUUAAAUACCUUUUUUACUCAGGAACUUUAAAGUUCCUAAGUACAGUACAGUCUACAGCAAAGCAAUUUUAUUAUACUCCCCUAGCACCUUGGCCUAUGUAUGACUACCAAAUCUGUGAAAUAGAUGUUUUCACAACAUUAUGCAAUACAUAUUUGUAUGGAACAUCUCUUGGCAUCCCACUAAUGUACAUAACUUUUAUGUUAAAAAUAUUAUCAGUUAAAAUCUAUCAGUUAAAAAUGUUUUAAUGAAAAGAAAGAAAAAAAUGUUUUCAUGUAUCUGUAUGCCACUUUCCAAAAACAUUGCCACCCUAGAUCAGACUUCUGAAGUCUUUUUGUUUCAGCCGUCAUUUAAUGGACCAAUCACUUUGAUAUUCCUCUAAUCUGCAUCCAGCUCCUUCUCGGUUUUCAUCCUGCCCAGGCAUAACCUGUACUAAUGAUCAUUUGUAACUAAAUAUUUUUAGCAUGGUAAAUAUUUACCUACUUAAAAUCUUUUUUUUUUUUUAACCUGCUAACCGGGAGAAAUCUAGGAGCUUUUCAACGAGAUUCUAACUUAUUUAAAAUUACAGAUCUCUUAGCUCAUUUAAUUUUGACAUGUCUUUGUAUAUGGGUAACUUGAUCUACUAAGUUGAAGGAAAUACAUUAAUAUUUUAUAACUUUAGUAAAACUAAGCUAAAAUAGUAAAGCAUCUGGUAAGUAGAAGUCUAAAACUGUGUGUAGUAAGUGGCUUGCUUAGUGUUGGAAAUGAGUUCACCCUCUCAAGGUAGAAACCCAAGAGCUGCCUCUGGGCUGUAGGUCCAGCUGAGAACGGCAAGGUAGAAACAUCGUCUUAGUGUUGUUUGGGUUUUCUUCUCAGGCUAAGGGCUUCAAGUUUGUGAGCUGUUGGAAAGUUGUGCUGAGAAAUCACGUGAUGUUUGGAAAGAGUGAUUCAUUUCAUCUCAAAAUAUCUUGAAAAAUUCUCAAAGACAUAACAAAAUAACUACCAUUCACAUGUUGCCUGAAACUCAAAGUAGAUCAAAGUCUGGGUAAAACUAGAAAGGUAAAACUAAAAUCAGCUCAAUGAUAAAAAUACGUGAAUCCAGUGAUAUAUGUACACCCACGUUUAUGGCAGCACAAUUUGUGAUAGCUAAAUCUUGGAAACAACCCAAAUGCCCAUCAACCACAGAAUGGAUAAAAAAGAUGUAGUAUUUUUAUACAAUGGAAUAUUAGUUAUAAAAAAGGAUAAUCUUGAGGCUUUUGUACCUAAAUGGAGGACUUGGGAUCAUACUCAUAAGUGAAAUAAACACAUUUAUAAACAUAUUAUCUCUAGCAUAAAAAAUAAUAAAACCUGAAAGAGUAAUAAAAUCCAAAAUAUACAAUAGAUAUUGUAAUAAUGAAAGGAAGUGCUCAAAAGGACAGAACUACUGAGAUAGGGGGAAGGAAAAAAGGAAAGGAGAAGAUUAUAUGUAUGUUAGUAAACAUAUAAAUUAUGUACAUGUACUAGACAGAUAACUACAUUACUAAUCUCAGUUCAGUUUGUGCUGUCAUUGAUUGAUCACUUACAUGUCUAGAUUUUGUUAAUCUGAACAACUAGUUCUGAGAGAACAAUAUGUGAUACAUUAGCUAGUGUCAAUUUCCUACUUUUAUCCUUUUUUGAAAUUCUGUAUCAUUUCUAUUCUUUUUUCUGUUUUGCUUUUUAAAAUAAAGUGAAUCUUAGGGGAAGAAGAUAUAAAUUUGUUUAUGUAUACAUCAAAUAGCUAAGAUGAUUACAUUACUAAUUCUAUUACUUCUUGGGAAAGAACAGUGAACACUUACGUUUACAUCAAUUUUGCAUAUCUGUAUCUAGUAAUUAAGCAACUCAUUUGAAGAUAAUAUGCAAUAUUGCAGCUAUUGUUAAAGUCCUGUCAUCUUGUUUUGAAAGCCUAUAUUGUUACUCUUUGCGGUUUUUUUGUUGUUCUGUAAUUUGUUUGUAUAUCUCUCAUUUUUUGUUUUUCUUUUCUGUGUUUUUUUUUCCUCUCAAAAAAUGCUAGUAAAAAAUUGGUAGCUACUUCCUAAAUAUUUUUAGGUAUCAGAGACUUCAGAUGUUAUAAACACAGGAAUAAAGAGUCUA